AUGAACUCCGCCGUUUCUCGUCGGUGUGCGUUGGGCGUGAGGCUGCGGAAUGCGGCGGUCGGGGCGCUGCAGCGCCGGGGCGUCGUCCUCGGCCGCCCCACGCCCCUGCUCUGGUGCAACCCCAGCGGCGAGCUGCCGCUCUCCAUCCCGCAGCUGCGCGAGCAACUGCGGCGGCAGACGCAGGAUGGGGCGCCGCGCAUGCAAACGCUGGACACGGAGGGGCGACUGGUGCUCACGCUUGCCCGCAGCCCGCGCCCGGAGGACCGCGCCGAGGCGCUCGAGCACGGCGAGGCCCUCUGGCGCGAGCUGCAGGAGCCCUCCUCCCCGCUUCCCAUGAGCUCGCGGACGGGAGUUCGCAUGGCGCUCUGCACGUCAAUGCGGCGCUGCGCGAUGGUGUCGCGGCGGCGGGAGCUGGCGGACGUGUGGACGGAGCGGUUUGCGCAGCGGCACAACAUCCGCCCAGAGGACUUCAUGACGGGGCCGGGCCACAGGGAGGGCGAGGUGCUCGGGUGGCGGGCCGCCCGCCCCCGCGCAAAGCCAGGCACAGGCAUCGACGAGGACGACCUCGCGGCGGACGCGGCGGAGGAGGAGGAGCAGCAGCAGCGGAGCGCCGAAAAGCGGCAGUCGCAGCAGAAGCGGGAGUUGUCGCCGCUGCAGCAGUUUCGCCGCGACGUCUACAUGGACCAUCCCAUGAUGCAGCGGGCCUUCAAGCGUGGCGUGGCGGGCCCAGGUCCGAGGUACACCGGCGACUAG